AAAUACCCCUACAGCCUCCGCUCCAAGUCUCCAACCGCUCAACUUCUGAAAAACCAUUCGUUCACGUGAAACCUAAGCCUCUCUCGUCGCCGUCGCCGUCGCAAUCUCCGAAGGAGGAAGAUGACAACCAUGGCGGUGACUGAAUACGGCAUCGUCUACGCCGUCCACAUCGUCACUGUUCAGUUUGGCUCCGUCGUAGCUAAAGUGUGCGAAUGUCUUCUUAGGAAGGGAGCGCUUACGGCCAGAGACAUCUCCCGUUUCACAGAGGUCAACCAUAACCAAGUGAAGGACAUCUUGUACCUCUUAAUCCAACACAACUGCGUUCAAGCGUUUGCUGUUGAGCAGCCUGGUGCCGCUGGGAAUGAGGCCAAAAUUACUGCACAAUUCAUUGUGAUGUUUAGUAACAUACUUCACCGUAUGAGGUAUAACAAGUUUAUGAAGAUUGUGAAAGAAGAACUGGGGCAACAGUGUGGAGAAGUUCUUGAAGGUUUGCUCAGUAAUGGCAGGCUUACCCUAGGUCAACUGGUAGAAAGAGAUGGAGAAAAUGGAAUGGGUUCAGAUGUCGUGAGAGAUUCUCUGCAGAAGCUGAUUGCUGCCCGCUAUGUUGAACGCAUUCCUGCUCCUGAACCAGUUCUUGGUGCGCCCACUGAAGAAGAAUCUGCUCCAAAGAAAAGAGGUUCAAAAUCUGCUAAGAUUAUUGAGGUGGCAACCUUAGAAGAACGUGUUCUUGAAGCAGCUACUCCAGUUGAAGCAAUAAGAUUUCCACUAAUAUUAGAACAAGAGUCCAAUUCAUCUUUUGAUAAUGAUGGUAGUAGUCCCUCUGGAAACAUCUCUGGGGUUAAGCGUAAACAUGGUGAUGCGGAUUCAAAUGUGAAAUUAUCAGAUUCAAACAAUCAAUUAGUUUGGCGUCCCAGUUUCGAGGGAUUCAUCCACCGCCUUAGACAUAAGGCAUGUGUCGAGAUUGUGAAAGAUCGCAAGGAUGACAAAGCUGCCAUUGUCUUGGGUGCAAUGUUGGAAAUAACAAGAUAUCAGGAGAAGAAGGUGAAAGUAGAAAAGUCAGCUCCUGUGUCAAUCGAUUCCAUUUUUGAAGAGGUUAUAAAGAGUGAAGCUGGUCGAAAUAUGACAAUGGAGCAUGUUGGAGAUUGCCUUGACCAGUUGUGUUCUAAUUCAACGUAUCUACCAGCAUUUGUGGUAGAAUCCGGUGACUCCUAUGUAGUUGACUUUAAGAGCAUAAUUGGAGUAGCACAGAAAGAUGAGAUAGAAUCAGUUGUUUUGAGAAGAUAUGGGAAGGACGCUUGCAGAAUGUUCAGGUAUUUGUCACAAGAAGGUCGUCUAGUUGAGACCGACAAGAUUGCAGAUGCUGCUUUGUCCGGAAAGAAAGAUACACCAAAAAUUCUCUUGAAGAUGUGGAAGGACGAAUACUUGCAUAUGGAGAAAUUAGUCGUUGCGGGAAGAUAUAUCCCGUUCUUGUUAUGGAAGGUGAACCAACCGAUUCUAUGGAGGAGACUAUUAGAUGAGAUGUUUCAUGCUUCUUUAAAUCUGAGUCUCCGUCUGAACCAUGAGCUUGAUCAGGAGAAGGAGCUGCUGUCUCUGCCAUUGGGAAAGCUGGAAGGGAAACUGAAGGAGAGACUGAACAGAAUCAAAGAGAAGAGGCUGCUUCUGUCUUGUUCUCGUUUCAAACUCGAUGAUUCUGUUAUGUUUUUCCAUGACUUCUAAUAAUCUCUCCCUCCUGACUUUGACACAAAAUAUCUAACAUGUUUUUGAUA